CCUGACCGCUGAGGCGGGAGGAUGUCCGAGGCCCGCCGGGACAGCACCAGCAGCUUGCAGAGGAAGAAGCCGCCCUGGCUGAAGCUGGACAUUCCUGCGCCCAUGGGGGCAGCGGUGGCGGGCGAGGAGCCCGCCUUGGCCCAGCCCUUGAAGCGCCAGACCUUCCUGCGGAGCGUCAGCAUGCCGGCGGAGAACACCCGCUUCUCUUCUCCCCUGAAUGAGUUUCGGCGGCCGGUGCUCCAGCGGCAGACGUCCAUCACCCAGACCAUCCGGAGGGGCACCGCGGACUGGUUCGGCGUCAGCAAGGAGAGCGACGCCACCCAGAAGUGGCAGCGCAAAAGCCUGCGGCACUGCAGCAUGCGCUACGGGAAGCUGAAGCCGCAGGUGAUCCGCGAGCUGGACCUCCCGAGCCAGGACAACAUCUCCCUGGCCAGCACGGAGACGCCCCCUCCGCUCUACGUGCCCCCCUGCCCGCUGGGCAUGCAGAGGAUCAUCGACCCCUUGGCCCGGGGACGGGCCUUCCGGAUGCCCGACGACGCGGACGGCUACAGCACGCCCCACACGCCGAUCACGCCUGGGGCUGCGUCUCUCUGCUCCUUCACCAGCUCACGGUCCGGGUUCAACCGCUGGCCCCGGAGGAGGAAGAGGGAGUCCGUCGCCAAGAUGAGCUUCCGGGCGGCGGCGGCGCUGGUGAAGGGCCGCUCGGUGAAAGACGGCACCCUCCGGGCCGCCCAGCGGCGCAGCUUCACCCCGGCCAGUUUCCUGGAGGAGGACACGGGGGACUUCCCGGAUGAGCUGGACACCUCCUUCUUUGCCCGGGAAGGAGUCCUCCAGGAAGAGCUCUCCACCUACCCCGACGAGGUCUUUGAGUCGCCCUCCGAAGCCGCCCUCCGGGACGCUGACCUGAAAGCCCCCCCGUCUGUUCAGCCGGCACUCACCGGGGGGGCCCUGGACCGAAGCGAGCUGGAGAGGAGUCACCUGAUGCUGCCGCUGGAGCGUGGCUGGCGGAAGCAGAAGGAGGCCUCCUCCGUCUUCCAGCCCAAGAUCCGCCUGCGCCAGGAGGUGGUGAGUCUGGGCCUGCAGCGGCGCGGCCAGCGCAUCACCGUGCCCGUGCGGCAGCUCUUCGCCAAAGAGAAGCGCCCCUACGGGCUGGGCAUGGUGGGCCGCCUGACCAACCGUACCUACCGCAAGCGCAUCGACAGCUACGUCAAGCAGCAGAUCGAGGACAUGGACGACCACCGGCCCUUCUUCACGUACUGGGUCACCUUCGUGCAUUCGCUCAUCACCAUCCUGGCCGUGUCGAUCUACGGCAUCGCCCCCAUCGGCUUCUCCCAGCACGAGGCUGUCGAUUCGGUCUUGAGGAACCGGGGCGUCUACGAAAAUGUGAAGUACCUCAAGGGGGCUGCCUUUCCUCUCUCCCUCUGGCAGGAAGCCCUGAUCCACCUGGGUGCCAAGUUCUCCCCAUGCAUGCGGCAGGACCAGCAGGUGCACAGCUUCAUUAGCACCGCCCGUCAGAAGGAGAAGCACUCGGCCUGCUGCGUGCGCAACGACAAGUCCGGCUGCGUGCAGACGGCCGAGGAGGAGUGCUCAUCCACCUUGGCCGUGUGGGUGAAGUGGCCGCAGCACCCCAGCGCCCCCCUGCUGGCAGGAGAGAAGCGACAGUUUGGCUCCGUCUGUCAUCAAGACCCCCGGGUGUGUGAGCAGCCGGCCUCCAUGGACCCUCACGAGUGGCCCGACGACAUCACCAAGUGGCCGAUCUGCACCAAAAACAGUGCCGGGAACCACACCAACCACCUGCACAUGGACUGCGUCAUCACCGGGCGCCCCUGCUGCAUCGGCACCAAGGGAAGGUGUGAGAUCACCUCCCGGGAGUACUGCGCCUUCAUGCACGGCUAUUUCCACGAGGAGGCCACCCUCUGCUCCCAGGUGCACUGCAUGGACGACGUCUGCGGGCUCCUGCCCUUCCUCAACCCGGAGGUUCCAGACCAGGUGUACCGCCUUUGGCUCUCGCUCUUCCUUCACGCAGGGAUCCUGCACUGCCUGGUGUCCGUGUGCUUCCAGAUGACCAUCUUGCGCGACCUGGAGAAGCUGGCCGGCUGGCACCGCAUCGCCAUCAUCUACCUGCUGAGCGGCAUCACGGGGAACCUGGCCAGCGCCAUCUUCCUGCCCUACCGGGCUGAGGUCGGCCCUGCGGGCUCCCAGUUUGGCAUCCUGGCCUGCCUUUUCGUGGAGCUCUUCCAGAGCUGGCAGAUCCUGGCUCGGCCCUGGCGGGCCUUCUUCAAGCUGCUGACCGUGGUGCUAUUCCUCUUUGCCUUCGGCCUCUUGCCGUGGAUCGACAACUUCGCCCACAUCUGCGGCUUCAUCAGUGGCCUCUUCCUCUCCUUUGCCUUCCUGCCCUACAUCAGCUUCGGCAAGUUUGACUUGUACCGGAAGCGGUGCCAGAUCAUCGUCUUUCAGCUGGUCUUUGCCGGCCUCUUCUCCGGCCUGGUGGUCCUCUUCUACUUCUACCCCAUCCGGUGCGAAUGGUGCGAGUUCCUCACCUGCAUCCCCUUCACAGACAAGUUCUGUGAGAAGUACGACCUGGAUGCGCAGCUCCACUGAGCGUGGCCUUCGCCCGCG